GCUAGCAGUCGGCCACGUUUUAAAAACGUCCUAUUUCUUCGUUCCAACAUUAUUGCGAUUUUCAUGUCUUGUAGUGCGCGACAAGCGGAGUGGUCUUCAAGACGUGGUUUGUAAUCCAUGGCCAAGUAGAGAUUUGUAGUAACCAAUCUUUUGUAUACGUUUUAUGAUGAUACUGCAGAUUCGGAGAAAGUGUGCUUUGUCGUGUAGUGGUGCGAUGAGCCGGGCCACUACACCGUCGUUCCUAGAAAGAAGAUCGAGAGCAAACCACCAUUUCUGGUUGGGGGCAGCGUGUGUGUAAAAGGCGACAGGUUCACGUGGGCAGAGUGUGAAGUACGAUGGCAAGAUACUGUCCAAAGGAUGCAAGGCAGCCAUGGAGAGUACACUAGCUCGCCUGGUUGAAAACUCUACAACUAAUGUGAGCCAGCUAGAAAUGAGCCAGCGAGAGGCAGCUACUGAUUGUGUAGACAGAGAGUCUAUCUGGCAAAGAACCUCGUCAACGUCAUUCAAAAAAGAAAUGUGUGAAAAGGAAUGCUGAAGAAAAGUCUGAGCAUCUGCCUUCAUCAAAGAGCCAGUUAUGGGACAGAUAUACGGACACAUUGAUACCAAAAAACAAAGAGAAGGAUAGCCAGCGUCAUUUUGAUGAGUACAGGUGCUUGUCACCAAAUUAUGAAGGAAAAAAUGAUUCUAGCAGUUCCACAAGGUCUCCGAGUCCUGGUUUGGAGUCUCAGUCAAUUUUGAGUCAGUUUAGUGGUACAAAUAAAGCAAAUAGGAGAGGGACGAAGCGGAGCCACACUGUUGCCACUGGAGAUCCUGAUUUUGGUCCAGUGACGUCAGCGAACGCUGCAAGAGCUCUUGCAUUUAACAGCCACGCUCCUGUUGAAGAUCAUAAUACAUCUACUCCUGUUGCUAAAGCAACUAAGAACAUGAGCAAAGAUUAUGUUGAGAGUUCGAGGUUGACAAAGACAUUCUGUGACUGUUUCUGCAAAGACUUGAAGCCAUUUCUAAGUGGAAUAGAGGAGACUCUGAAGAGAAUAGAGUCGAAAGUCGAUGCCAUUUCAUGUCCAACUGAAUCGGACGAGGACAUGUAUAGAGUAAAGAGCUAUCGACCUAUUAAGAAGGAGGCAAAACUUGAAGUUUCUUCUCCGGUUAUCUACAAUGGCAUUGACUUGACGGGUAUCUAUGCAAGCAAGACUUCACCACAAAAGUACGCUAGGAAAGUUGUAGGCCAACUUUUCUCAAAGAAAGAAUUAAGUCAUAGCAUAUUCAGGAAAGUUGGCCCAACUUCACGGAAAGAGCUUUCUCCGACUCGGUGUAAUAUUGUUACAAACUGCCUUGAGAAGCUUUACUUCAAGGAGAUGCUGGAGAGGAACGAGAUGGUCAUACGAGAAAGCCUCAGUCAGAAGUGUAGGGAGGCAACAGUAGCCGUCAAGUUGAAAUCUGAGUCAGACGGACUAGCAGGAACAGGACACAGUCUAUACAGUUCAGGGGAGGAUGAUUAGAAGUAGAGACUAGAGAAUUGCUAUACUUAGAACAUUGUUGUGUUGGAGAGUUUGAUGAAGAAUAGA